CUGAAGAUUGAUAUCAUUUCAACAUGGCGAAUUUCGAUAUUGAUGAAUCACUUCCGACUAGAGACUCCCACUUGCACGAAGUUAUGACUUCUCAAGGAGAAAUUAAUUUAAUAAAGACUUUUGGGGCUGAAGAUGUUCACGGCUCUGAAGAUAGCAAGGAAUUUGUGGCUGAGAACAACGAUGGAGAGCAAAAACCGGCUGUUCACAGAACUUUGGAAAAUGGGACAAACACUUCAGAUUCGACGGAUAGAACUGAAGUGAGCGAAAAGAGCAGUGAGAAUAUUAAUGAAUUAAAAACGAUACAUCAAAGCGCUUCAGAAACACCGAAUCUCGAUUCAUUGGAACCUGGAGAACAGGAAAAAGUGCUUGAUGAUAAUGUUGAAAAGAAAGAGAACUCUCCAAACGACACAAAUCAAGCAGAAGCUGAGGUUUCACUAUCCCCAGCUGAAACUAACAGCAGUUCCAAGGGUAUUCAGGAAACUUCAACUGCUGAUCAUGAAAGUGGCAGUCACAGGUCUCCAAAUAGGGAGAGUAAGGCUGAGUAUAGGAAGAUCAAAAGUGAAGUGACAGGAGAAGCAGAAACGUCCGAAAGCGAAGGAGAAGAAAAGGAUAUAAAGACUAAUGAUCAAACGGAAGAUACUUGGAUGGAUAUACUAGGCAAUGGGCUGCUUAAGAAAAGGGUGUUGCGUGAAGGGAAGGGUCAGGAUACACGACCAGACAAAGGGCAACGAGUUAUGAUACAGUCAGCUGGACGUACAGAGGAUGGGACAGCUGUUGACUGGAAUAGCAAUUUGGAAUUCAUUCUUGGAGAAGGAGAUGUUAUCCAAGCCUUUGACAUAGGAAUAUCCCUGAUGGAGUUGGAUGAGGUGUGUGAACUUGUUACAGAUGCAAGAUAUGCUUAUGGAAAAGCAGGAAAGCCUGAUGCAAAACCUCCUAUCCCUCCUGAUGCUAAAAUUACAUAUGAAAUACAACUGUUGUCAGUCCGAGAUGGUCCUAAUAUUAAUAACAUGAGUGAUGAAGAGAGAAUCUCCAUUGGGGAGAAAAAGAGAGAAAUGGGAAAUGAUUUGUACACUGGAGGUGACUAUGCUGGGGCAAUCAACAGUUAUCAAAAAGCCAUAAAAUAUUUAGGAUCAUCUACAUCUGAGGAAGUACAAAACUUGAGAAUGAAAUGUUGGAAUAACAUGGCUGCUGCCCAGCUUAAGAUAAAGGCGUACUCUGCGGCAGAGAAAUCUUGUUCUCAGGUAUUACAAGUUGAUCCUGACAAUGUAAAGGCUCUCUUCAGGAAAGGGAAGGUUUUAGCAGCCAGUGGAGAUACAGGCCAAGCCAUAGGGUUUAUUAAGAAAGCAGAUCAGCUGGAUCCAAGUAAUUCAAGUCAUUUUGGUGGUUCGGUGGUUCUUAGGAGUCCAAUGGUUACUUUUCAGACAAUAAGAAAAGAACUCAAUCGACUGCGACAACUACUGGCUUCGGAAAAAGAAAGCGAAAGAACAAUGUAUCGACGAAUGGUAGGAGACCUAACCAGAAGAGGAAGUAAGAAAAAUAACCGGUCGUUUCUCGGAUGGCCGCUCGUGUUCGGAGCUACGGUUGUUGCUCUUGGAGGAAUUCUUAUGGCUAUUUACCUAACCAAGCAUUGAGGGAUUGCGUUACAAGUCUUCAAAUAUUAUGUUUUAAGUUUAAUUGUUGUCAGUUGAGUCACAUGGUGUAGUAAGUAGUCGGCCGUGUUUUGAGUCCCGCUGCUUUUACACCGUCAGUAGAUUUGGAGGCGCCAUAUGUUUGUCAAUCCCCUUGAGACGUGUCACCAUGUUAUGUAACGUAAGAUACAGCUAUGGAUGAAAUUAGUUAUCCCCAGAUUCUGCGUACGACUUAAAGGUGUGACGUCAUCAGAGUCCAGGUUAUUUCCGGAAGAGAAAACUCCGCUUAAAUUGACUAAAACCCUAAAAUUAAGAAUCGCAAAGAAAAAUGAACAUCGCCGAGUGGAAAGUAUACCAAAAAGGAACAAGAGCGAGGGAGGUUUGAAAAGAUAAGCACGGAUUGGAACUAAUGAUUUUUUAAAGAUACGUAAGACUUGACUUAGCUCCUUGAAUUACUUUGUACGCUUCCCCAGAAACCUGCAGUUAUGUUGUAGUUUUGAGAAGAUUAAUCCUUUAACUCCUAAGAUCUGAAUGUUAACUCUCUCCCGUAGCUGCUACACAUUUCCUUGUAAAUUAGUUAUUAGAACUACUACCUGAUUAGAUUUAGUAUUCUCAUUACCUAUUGUUGGGUAAUGCUUGAAUAAUGUAGGGAGACGUUACUUGUUGAUCACUUUUGGGAGUUAAAGAGUUAAUGCAAAAGUCGUGGACUCCAUGAUUGUGGCUGAUAAAUUGAUGUCACCAUUGAAAAAGGCAGAUUAUGAAUGCGUGUCUCCCUGUGAGCGUGUGACUUUGUUAAAACAUGUUAAAAAAUAAAAUGAUUAACUUCAAAGAAACACGA